GUUCAGGACUCGGGGGGGGGGACAACCGUGCCGUUAUGUGGACGAAACUGUGUGGUUGUAACAUUUUGUACAACUCGGUAAACCUGGAUUUAAACGCAAACGGAGGUUUUUGUUGUUAACCGCGCCGGGGCAGGAUCGGUUCGGGGUUGCGUUGACUCGAUAAUACCCGCCGCGACUCGGAAGUUUACCGAAGUGGAAGACUCGUCGGAUUCUCGCCUGUGGAUCUACACAAACUCGGUCUGGAUAGCAUUCUCAAGAUCACAGCUGCAGGUCAUUUCUUGAUGGGUACAUACUGUGAGGCAACACACCAAGAGAACUGGAAAUCAUUCAGUAAAGACAGGAACUGUGAAAGAAUGAAGACGAGCUAGAUACUUUUUGGCUGUUUAGUUGGACGUAGACAACCUACAACCAUUUGAACUAGCAAAUGUGUACCUGGACUAAACACACAAACAUAGAAACCUGAAAAGUAACUUUGUUGAUUUAAAGAUCAACUUAAAAAGAACACCUCGACACACAGCGAUCAAUAUGAGUGCUGAAGGAUAUCAGUACAGGGCGCUUUAUGACUACAAGAAGGAGAGGGAGGAGGACAUUGAUCUGCAUGUGGGGGAUAUGCUUCAGUCUGCUGGACUUGACGGAGCAGUUUUCCCUUCCAGAGACGACUCCACCAGUGCUUGUCAGACUGCUGGAGGCUAUUGAGAGGAAAGGUCUGGACAACCCCACUUUAUAUCGAACAUUUACUGCUGGUGGUGGACUCGAAGUCAGACAGUAUUUUGAUUGUGAUCCCUCCUCAGCAGACCUGGAUCAAUUUGAGCUUCCGAUCCUGUGUGACGGUCUGCGCAGGUACCUGCAGGAUCUCCCCCAGCCGAUCAUCCCCACGGCAAUAUAUCCUCAGAUGGUUCACACUGCCAAAGAGGUGGCAAAUCCUGAGGAAUGUGCCCAGCUGCUACGUUGCAUCGCCAGCACCCCGAGCCUUCCCCCCCAAUACUGGCUAACUCUCCACUGUCUGCUAAGGCAUUUCGCUAGAGUGUGCCAAAACUGCUCCAAGAACCUGCUCAGCGCCAGAGCCCUGGGCGAGAUCUUCAGCCCUGUGUUUUUCAGACAACAGGCCACCAGUUGCGAACCCAGCUUGGAUGCUCACAUCAAGAUCAUCGAGGUUCUGGUGACCAGUGAAUGGAGUGAAAGUCAGGCAGCUCCAGCUCUACCUCCAAAGCCACCGAAGCCCACAUCUGUGACUAACAACGGUAUGAACAACAACAUGGCUCUACAAGACGCCGAAUGGUACUGGGGAGACAUCUCAAGAGAGGAGGUCAAUGAGAAACUGAGGGACACUGCGGAUGGUACGUUUUUGGUGCGAGAUGCCUCUACGAAGAUGCACGGAGACUACACUCUGACUCUGAGGAAAGGAGGAAACAACAAGCUCAUUAAGAUAUUCCAUCGGGAUGGGAAGUACGGCUUCUCGGACCCACUGACCUUCAGCUCCGUCGUCGAGCUCAUCAACCACUAUCGGAACGAGUCACUGGCGCAGUACAACCCCAAGCUAGACGUCAAGCUGCUGUAUCCGGUCUCCAAACACCAGCAGGAUCAGGUGGUGAAAGAAGACAACAUUGACGCUGUGGGGAGGAAGCUCUGCGAGUACCACCAGCAGUACCAGGAGAAAAACAAAGAGUACGACCGCUUGUAUGAAGAAUACACCAGAACGUCACAAGAAAUCCAAAUGAAAAGGACGGCCAUCGAGGCUUUUAAUGAAACCAUAAAGAUAUUUGAGGAGCAAUGCCAAACGCAAGAGCGAUACAGCAAGGAGUAUAUCGAGAAAUUCAGGAGAGAAGGCAACGACAAGGAGAUCCAGAGGAUCAUGGGCAACUAUGAGAAAUUAAAGUCCCGGAUUAGUGAAAUCAUCGACAGCAAGCGGCGGCUGGAGGAAGAUCUGAAGAAACAGGCGGCAGACUACAGAGAGAUUGACAAGAGGAUGAACAGCAUCAAACCAGACCUAAUCCAGCUCCGCAAGACCAGAGACCAGUAUCUCAUGUGGUUGACCCAGAAGGGAGUCAGACAGAAGAAACUCAAUGAGUGGCUCGGAAUCAAGAACGAGAACACAGAAGAUCAAUAUUCUAUGGUGGAGGACGACGAAGACCUUCCUCAUCACGACGAACGGUCCUGGAAACUGGGCAACAUCAACCGACUACAGGCGGAGGCUCUCCUCCAAGGAAAGAGAGACGGAACAUUCCUGGUUCGAGACAGCAGCAAAGCGGGAUGCUACGCCUGCAGCGUUGUCGUGGACGGCGAGGUGAAGCACUGCGUCAUCAACAAGACCCCCUCAGGUUAUGGCUUCGCCGAGCCGUACAACCUGUACAGCUCACUAAAAGAACUCGUACUUCACUACCAGCACACGUCUUUGGUCCAGCACAAUGACUCUCUGAAUGUGACGCUAGCGUACCCGGUCUAUGCCCAGCAGAGACGGUGAGGACCCCCCCCAGAUGUUAUCCACACAUGGACACGAGAGAAAAAGGCCUCAUUGGGAGUUGGAGACUCUGUUUGCCUAACUCAGACUUGAAAAUCGGAGGACAAAGACGCAAUAAAGCCUGAAACAUUUCAGUGACUUUGCCUGACCCACGAGCCUGAGGCGAGUCUGAAUGUAGAGUUCUUUCUUUUUGCUUUGUGCGGGAGCACAGAAUCAAGCGGGAAACUGCUUAACUUCUCCCCCAGCAGAGGACAUUUUGAGGCCUUUUCCUUAAUGGUGCUUGUUCUUUUUCAAAGCUUUACCAGCCGGGAAUGUCUAAUCGCAGCAGAUAAACUCUUCAAAUGGAAACUGUACCCGCCGGCCACAACUUUGUUUUUCCACUUUUGUUUGUUUUUUUUCCUUUCACGUCAUCUAUGUGUGUUUGUGUGUGUGUUUCUGCACAAGUGUUUCUGUGUAUGUAUGUUAGUGAGUGUGUGUGUGUGUGUGUGAUUGUCCAUGUGACCAAAACUCAUAGAAUCAGGAAACUGUGUGAAACGUUGGGCGGGCGGGAGAGGGGGGAGGUAAAGCUGUGUAACACAUUCGCUUGUGUUAACUGUUCAGUAGCAGACCGUCGGUCGGCUGAUAAAUGUAGCAAAAUGGCACUUUUUAAACAAAGUUUAAUUUUCUUUUUUUUUGUUUUGAAAAGACUCCUAUGGACUUUUAUCAGAAGAGCAGAAAAGGACGAAAGACGUCUGCGUCCUGCCUUCUUACUGUCAAGCAUUAUAGCGCAGAAGUAAACUUGAUCUUUUACUGUGGGCAGGUGAAACUAUGAAUGGACUAUUUCAUGUACAUAUGUGAAAAAUGUGCAAAAGUCAUGAAUCAAAAGUGCACCAUACCAAAAAGGAUCAGUUCCUUGUUUUAGUUAUAUUUCUGAUCUGCUAUGCAAUUCUUUCUCUCCAUUAUUUCUUCAGAAUUGUUGUUUUUAUUCUUUUGCAACCCACAAUAUAAGCUUUGUUUUUAUUGCUUGAAAAGUAUCUUUUCCUGUGUAAAUAUCCACAAGGAUAUUUUGUGUCAAAAUGCCAAGAUACAGUAAAGAAAAAACUGCUUAUGAUUUAAAAAAAAAAGAUUAUAAUAAUAAUAGCAACAUACACUUUAUUAUAAAUUACUUUAACGACUGGUAUAAAGAUGGAAAAGAUGAGUAUUUUAUUAGUCUUUUUGUUUGUUUUUUUUGCUUCAAACUAAUGUUCUUCUCAGGCAGAGCCUUUUUGAGUAUUUGAGCUGCUUCAGUCACAAGUACUAUUUCUUACAGAGUUAAGCCUACAUGCAGUUUCGAGCACUCAGAGAAUGGGAUGAUGGGAUUGUACGACCCCUUAUCGAACCAUCACCACGGAUAAAAUAAACCAACAGUAUAGAUUUAUUUUGUUAUAAAAUUAUAUAUAUAUGUUCCCACAUGAGAAUAUAUUAAAAAAAGAAAAGCAGACUGUUGUUUUCAACCGAUGGAUAUUGUUAUUAAAAGAUCAAUAUACAUUGUCCAUGUAGUAUUUUUCUGUAUCAGAAAAUCACUGUGUUUACAUAGGUGGAUCAGCUCAUUUCAGAUCUGUCCGUAAUUUCAUAUUUCACAAAAAGGACAACAUGUGCCAGUUGAAUCCUUCACACAAAUAUUUAGCCACAGCUCAGAAUACAUUUUAUUCUUUUCCCCCCUCAUCUUUAUUCUAACUUCUACAAGUCCACGAUUUAAAAAAGAGUGAUUGGUACAUGUUGUAAACCCGGUGAACCGGUACUAUCGGUAAGAUGCUCCUAAAACGUGUCGAGGCGCUACCAAAUUUGUCCGCCUCGUUAACCAAUUAAUACAUUUUAGAUCGCUCAAAUGAUGAAUGAAAAAAAAAUGUCUGCCAUUAAUAAUAAUAAAUGUAUUUUACAAUCCUAGAUCUACCUGCCGUUAAAUUCUUUUUAGAUGUGGUACUUUUAUUCCAGCCCCCACCCCCAAAAACGAAAUGUAUUCAAGGUCAGCACAGCUGUCAAAUUAUUAUAUUGUAUAUCUUUGUGUAACAAAUUAGUUGUAACAAAAAAAAAGACGUUAACCCAUUUUGAUUAUUGCAUUUUUGUCAAAUUUGACUCUUAAUUCUCUCAAUUUGUGGCACAACUUAAAAGCCUCCACUUGUGUCACUUCCUGUCAAAAGAAUAAAACAAUGCAUUUAUCAUCUGUUUUUUGAGAGAAAAUGCAAAAAAAAAGAACAUUUUUAGGCAUUUUCUUGUUUUAUUCUCAGUCCCGAACUUUAAGGCAAAACUGUUUCACAGCUUAAGGAAGCUACUGUUGACGCACACGUGUAAAAAUGUUUUAUUUUAGAUGUAUUUGACCAGAUUACUCACGCAGGAUUUUAAUUUUUUAGCAUAUUGAUAGUAAAAUAUCAUUUAUUCUAAGUUUUAAGAUCUGUCAUAUCUGACAUUUAUUUCUACUACAAGUCUGAUUUUUAUUUACCUCCCCAACAGCUGCUGGCAUGAACUGUUUUGUUUCUUAUUGUCAAUUUUUUCUUGGACAACAUGCACCAUUAUUUUCUUUGGCCCCAGUUCUGGGUUGUAUGAUUAUUUUAGGUGUCUCUCUUUUUUAUUUUAUUUGAAACUCAUCUUUUUGUGGGUGUCCCCUGACAUGAUUGGAUUGAGAUUUAGCAGUGUUUCCCCAGUUUUGCUUCAAAUCUGUAUUGGGCUUUGUUAAAAAGGAAAUAAAACACUUCUUUUUAAGAAAUAAA